AUGCCUCCGUCAACGGUCCCAGGCACGUGUCUCCGACUUGACGGCGCCAAUGAAAGCUUCCCCUUAUUCGACGGUGAGGUUCACCCACGAAAUGUCGUCCUAUACACCCUACCAAGCAACUUGAAACCCAUCCCGAGCCUUGGUGACCUUGUCUUGACUAUUCACGGUGAUCUUGUCUUGACUGUUCAUGGUGAUCUUGUCCGGUUUGUGACAAGACUAAGUAGGCGUGUUGCCGUUCAGCGAUCUAAGUUCUGGGGCCUCUACGCAAUCGAGCGCAUCCUAGGCCAGCUCUUCGGCCGCGGACCGACCUGCCGGAAACCACCACACGACAUCGUACCCGAGCGCGCUCGUUGCGGACUCCGCCUCGUCGACCAGGCCGCCCUGCAGCCCAUGUCUAUCGUGCACCACUACCGGCUCGUGUAA